CUGAUAGGCUGUGCAACUGGUGGGCAGAGGCUCAGAGCCUCUCGGUCCUGCACUGAAAAAUACUGCCUGCUGCCCUCUAGCCUGCCGUACAGAGGACCUGCGGAGCCUGGGGAGAACGGGAGAGAUUGUAAAUUUUGGGUCUCAAUACACCUUUGUCCUGGUUCAGAUAGAAGGCAUUGAAUCCCUGCUUGCCUGGGCCUGUGACACUGGAUUGACUCCAACUGCUUCGGGUUGGCGCCGCCCCCUCAUUUUGGCUUCCUGCCCAGGCUGGGAGGCGGCCACCCGGCCUGGGAACCUGGGAAGGAUUGGAUCAGCCCACCUCAUCGUCCUGCGCAGUCAGUAGCCGGGGACAAAAACAUUAACAGAGAAGAGCGGAAGUCUCUGGGACUCCUGAGAAAAGGAUGCUACAGCUGAGCCUGUCCUGGCUGGGCCGGGGGCCAGUGGCUGUCUCCCCAUGGCAGCUUCUGCUGGUGGUUGGGACCUCCUUGUUUCUGGCUCGAAUUCUGGCCUGGAUCAGUGCUUUCUAUGACAACUACUGCCGUCUCCGCUGCUUCCCUCAGCCCCCUUCACGGCACUGGUUUUGGGGUCACUUGAACUUGGUCAAGAACAAUGAAGAAGGCCUGCAGUUGUUGGCUGAAAUGAGCCACCAGUUCCAGGAUAUCCACCUCUGUUGGAUUGGGAUCUUCUACCCCAUCCUGAGGCUUAUCCACCCCAAGUUUAUUGGCCCCAUACUCCAGGCCCCAGCUGCGGUGGCUCCCAAGGAAAUGAUUUUCUAUGGCUUCCUGAAGCCCUGGCUGGGGGAUGGGCUGUUGGUGAGUGCUGGUGAGAAAUGGAGCCGCCAACGUCGCCUGCUGACACCUGCGUUCCACUUCGACAUCCUGAAGCCCUAUGUGAAAAACUUUAACAAGAGUGUGAACAUCAUGCAUGCCAAGUGGCAGCGUCUGACCGCCAAGGGCAGUGCCCGUCUGGACAUGUUUGAACACAUCAGCCUGAUGACCUUGGACAGUCUGCAGAAAUGUGUCUUCAGCUUCGACAGCAACUGUCAGGAGUCUCCCAGUGAAUACAUAGCUGCUAUUCAGGAGCUCAGCUCCCUCAUAGUGAAACGGCAUCACCAGCCCUUCCUGUACAUGGACUUCCUGUAUUACCUCACUGCUAAUGGGCGGCGCUUCCGCAAGGCCUGCGACCUGGUGCACAACUUCACGGAUGCCGUCAUCAGGGAGAGACGUCGCACCCUCUCCAGCCAAAGUGUUGACGAGUUCCUGAAGUCUAAGACUAAGUCUAAGACUUUGGACUUCAUCGAUGUGCUCUUGCUGGCCAAGGAUGAACGUGGAAAGGAGCUGUCAGAUGAGGACAUCCGGGCAGAGGCUGACACCUUCAUGUUUGGAGGCCAUGACACCACAGCCAGCGCACUCUCCUGGAUCCUGUACAACCUGGCGAGGCACCCGGAGCACCAGGAGCGCUGCCGGCAGGAGGUGCGGGAGCUGCUGAGGGACCGAGAGCCUGAGGAGAUUGAAUGGGACGACCUUGCCCAGCUGCCCUUCCUGACCAUGUGCAUCAAGGAGAGUCUGCGACUGCACCCCCCAGUCACCGUCAUCUCCCGAUGCUGCACCCAAGACGUUGUGCUUCCAGACGGCCGGGUCAUCCCAAAAGGAAACGACUGUAUCAUCAGCAUCUUUGGGGUUCAUCACAACCCUUCAGUCUGGCCAGACCCUGAGGUCUAUGACCCCUUCCGCUUCGACUCAGAAAACCCACAGAAGAGGUCUCCUCUGGCUUUUAUUCCCUUUUCUGCCGGGCCGAGGAACUGCAUAGGACAGACUUUCGCUAUGAACGAGAUGAAGGUGGCGGUGGCGCUGACGCUGCUGCGCUUCCGACUCCAGCCAGAUGACAAGGAGCCGCGCCGGAAGCCGGAGCUGAUCCUGCGCGCGGAGGGCGGACUGUGGCUGCGGGUGGAGCCGCUGAGCACAGGCUCUCAGUAACCCCAUCUAAUGGCCCGGUCACUCUCCUCUGCAUAUACCAGAAAAAGCGGACCCUCACCGAGAGCCGGCAGGCGGCGCUGCAGAACAACAGACUCUGGGAGCCUGUGUAGGGCUGAUGUCUGAGUCCAAGAGCCUUUCCAGGUGACCCACAGGGCCCACAGACUGAUGAGAGUUGCACCCAAGCUCAAGAAAGGCCUUUAUUCUUUUGGCCAUAGGGAGGCACCAUAGAUCUUUAAGCAGGAGAGAUAUAAGGUUUACUGGCAGAUUUGAGGCAGUUUACUUCUUUCUUUUGUUUUUGAGGCAGGGUCUCAGCUUUCAGUGGAUACAGCAGGCUGGCCUUUAACUUGCAGCAAAUCUCUGGCCUGACCACUCGAGUGGCAAUUAGAGAGUGGGCCACUGUGCCUGUCAUAUCUGAAGGUAUUUUUUAUUAGAAUGAUGGGAAGUUUCCCAGGAGAGAAGUCUGGGAGCUCUUCAAAAUGAUGUUAAAUGAUGUCCAAGGCUUGUGAUGUCCAAGACCAUUGAGGCAGCUUAAAUUUAAAAUGACAUCACAUUGCAGACUCCCUGCGUGGUGAUGUCCUUUCAGGUUCCCACUUGUUCUUCCUUGGGCUGGGGAGGUGGCUCAGUGGGGAGACAGGAGGAUCCCAGGGCCUCAGUGGCCAGCCAGUCCUGCUGAAUCAGAGCUCCAUGUUGUUAGAGACACUGUCUCAGGAAAUAAGGUGGAUAGUGAUGACUGAAGACACCUGAAUAAACCUCUGGCCUCCUCAUGA